AGGAGACAAAGUCAAUUCCCGCCGGGGCACACAGACCAGCGAGGGAGCCGCACGGGAGACGGCCGCUAAGCGAUACAGUAGCCACGACAUAAGACGGUAUAUACUACAUCGAUACAGCACAUCCAUCUUACAUCCAGGCCGCGCCCCUUUCCCGCGCCGACGCCGCCAUGAGCUUCAAGGCAAAGGACCUGCACUUUGACAGCUCUCAGCCAGCCUUCUUGCAGCGGCUGCGCGGCCAGCUUCAAAGUGGGGACACAGCCCGCCAUGAGCAUCCUAUUGCGAGAAACAAGCGGAUGAACAAGGACGACGACGACGAUGAUGCGCCGGCCUAUGUCAUGGAGGAGACCAACCAGUCGCUAACCAAAGAAGAGUACGACGCGCUCGUCUCCGGAAAAGACAGCAAAGAAAACGAAGCCGACGCCGAGUCUGCGGCAGGUGGAGCCCAGCAAAACGCGGCCAGUGGUGCUGAGUCGCGGCCCAAAGACAAGAUUGCCCAAGUAGGUGCUAAUGCGAAGAAGCGCAAAGCUGCGAAGAUUAUCGGAGACGGCCAGGGCGAUAGCAAAGACGAAGCAGAAAGAGACGACUAUAAGCCAGCCGCCAAAACCACCAAGAAGCCAAAGAAGAAGGCCAAAGCAGUCAAGCUCACCUUUGGAGACGAAGAUGAGGGGUGAGAAAAACCGAGACUUCUCUGUUUCUUCACAAGCAAGAGAAGCUAGUCGAUGCUUCUGUUCAAAUGUCUGAACAGAACGAAGCAAGCCUCUCUGAGCAUACGCCGACUCUACAGCUACGCUAACCCGGCCACCGGCGUUAGUGCUGAGCCACGCACAUCAUGUUAACACCGAGACAUUGCGAAUGGUUCAACAUGUUUCGGCUAAGAAAUGUGCUAGGACUACGCAGGCCAAAUGGCGACGAUAUACACAAUACCCCUUACGCUUGUAACGAGCCAGCACUGCAUGUACCGAGUUUUUCAACAGUGACUUGGCUUUACCGAUGCUUCUCUUGUUUCCUCUCGUGUCUUGUUCCAGCCACAGAACGAGAAUGUCUACAUCCUCAAUAUACAGCUGUUUAUUCC